CGCGGACGGCAACGGUCCAGCGCGGCGGAGAUGGCACCUUUGCGCAGCAGAUACUGGGAAGGCCCGUCGUCAGCUGACCGUCUCGCAUUGGCGGCGGCGGAGACGGCUCUAGAGGCAAUUUGCCGUCUACUCGUACAUUAACGCAGCACUUGCCACAGGGCAUCCGGCCCCCACCGUGCAGACACGCACGCCUCCAGCAACGCGCCUCCGCCGCCUCUCCGCACCCGCGCACCGAUGUCGACUCCGACUGCGUACCCGCCGUUUCCUGCAGUGGACACAGCAACCCGCCCAGGCGCCUUGACGGACGAGGUCGAGUCGCCCGGCAUCUCGAGCACCAACGCCCUCGCCCGCUUCGAGUUCGCGGCGGGCCAUGGCAGGGAAGGCACCAAGAUACUCAUGGUCGAAUGGGAGGACGACGACUCAACCCGCGGCGUGCGCGGCGAAUGGCACAUCUCGUGGGACGGCAAGGGCAAGACAACAGUGCUGCCGGCCGAGGACCAGCCGAGCAGCGACGUGAACCGCAUCUACUUCAUGCUGGCCCCGGGCGUCGCCGUGCCCUCGAGCCUGACGCUGACGCACCGCCCGCACGACGGCGACCGCAAGCCCGUGGUCUGGCACACCAACCCGCUGCCUGCCAUCUUCCCGCCCGAGCUGGGCGCGUCGGCGCGGGCGACGGGCAGGAAGGGCAUCCUCCACACCAUCUGGGCCAAGAAGCGGCUUCAGGUGCUGCAGAAGGAAAUUGAGGCCGAAUCGCAGAGCAACGUCGAGGGCAUUGGUUUCCUCAUGGCCGUGCAAGAGAAGGAGUGGAUUGAGCAGACAUUCGGCGUCAACGCAAAGCCUGCAGGCCUCAGCAUCCAGCUCGCCGAGCCCACGGUUGCGCCGCUGGGCCCUGCGAGCCCUCGUUCGCCUGGCGGCGGGCGCUUGAUGGAGAAGCUGCGCGGUCUGAAGCUGGGCACCAGCGAGAAGGACCUCACGGCGAAGACGGACCCUAGCGACGCCGCCUUUGCCAACCCACUGUCGCCCGAGUCUUCCGACGUGGCCGUGUCGUCGUUUGCUGCCUUCAAGGGCAACAACCCCGCAACACUGGCAGCCAAACCGCCCCAGGCUCCACAGCAGCAGCAGCAGCCCGCCCGCAAGGUCGCAGCACGCAUUGAGCCGCCCGCUGCCGUUGCACAGCAGCAGCACGCCGGCAUGGCGUCCCUGAAUGCCUUCGCCGCUCCCGACGCGCCCACGUUCCAGUCGCGCGGCGCCCCCCUGGCGGACGACGACCACGACGACGGGCUGUUUGCGCUGCCCAUCAGCCCGCGCAGCCCGGAGAUGGGCAAGAGCCCGUUUUCGUUUGCGGGCAGCGAAACGGCCAGCUAUGUCAGCGGGGGGCGAGCUUCGUAGGAACGGGCGGGUGUGCUGGAGUUUGGGAGGACUGCAGCUUUGGCUGGGACGGGAUUGCUUGCCACGGCGGCUUUUGUGCUGGCUUUGAUGAUACCUAGAGCAUGUAGCGAUGACUGCAACACGUCGUGCACGACGAUACGAAUGGCUGUUAUGAAUUGGACACACCACCAGUAACGGCGGA